AGAACAACCGUGCACAGACCACCCACCGAAACCACAUCAAACUUAGGAUCUAUCAAGAAGCAAAACCCUCCCCUCCUCCCCAAUACUAUAAGAUAUAAACACCCACAGCCUAAUCGCAAAAAUGAUGCAACAUCGUAUGCUCUCGAAAGAGGAGGAAGUCUCCGCAGCAGGAGAAGAGAAUGAAGUCCGUCGCGAAGACCAGGAGAAGAUCAACCGCUUCAGUCGGCUUCAUCAACGCGAGACGCUGCUGGAGGAGCAGUUAAAGGCUAAACAGAAAGAUAAAGAGGAUCUCGAGGAGGUCUCUACGGAGCUAGAACUGGCCGAUGAGGAUGAGCUGGUGCCGUACAAAAUUGGGGACUCGUUCUUCCAACUUCCCCUUGCCGAUGCGCAAUCUCUCCUCUCUUCAUCGACGGAGCAGAUCGACUCCGAGGUGUCGGGCCUGGAGGAGAAGUUAAGCGAUCUGCGCGACGAGUUGCAGCAAUUGAAGGUGGCGCUAUAUGCGCGGUUUGGACGGAGUAUUAACCUGGAAGUCUAAACCAUUAUCGUAAUAUUAAAAGGUCUUGAGGACCUGUGAAUCAUGCGGUAUGAGGUUGGAUUGUGAGGUUCUAUCAUUAAUUGCAUGGAGGUCAAAACAAAUUCAUGAUUUCACUGUAUAUGAAACAUGGUCUAUUGU